UGUUUUCUUACAUCAUGCGGGUAUGACAGAUUUCCUAACCUGAAUAAUCGUCAACUUUAACGCUUAAUAUCUCGGUUCAUAGGACAGAGCGACUUUUUUCUACCAGAUUCUUUCGUUUCGUGCAAAAACGCGUCGAAUGAACCUAAUUUUAUUAAAAUCGGUGAGGUCGGAGCUUAUCUUCAUAAUUACCAUAUUUUUUAUAACGUAACAAGUCAUUUGUCUUCAUUCAGAGAUAUUGUAAUUAACCCUAUAUCCUAUUACAUAAAUUCUCUUAUCGAAAUACAUUCCUUUCUAAAUAAAUGAUUAUUGUUUAUUACCAUUCUGUAAUAAUGUUACAAAAAAUACACAGUUUACUACGAAUCACGGCUUAUGGACACAAAGUAGGUAAUAGAUAUUUAAACUUUGUUCCAAUUGUAGUAGAACAAAGUGGACGUGGUGAACGUGCAUAUGAUAUUUAUUCGCGUCUUCUGAAAGAAAGGAUAAUUUGUCUUAUGGGCCCAGUCACAGAUGUUGUAGCUUCUGCUGUAAUUGCUCAACUUCUUUUUCUUCAAUCAGAAAGCAGUAAAAAUCCGAUUCACUUAUAUAUUAAUUCACCUGGUGGAAGCGUAACAGCAGGACUCGGAAUAUAUGACACUAUGCAAUAUGUUCUUCCACCUAUUUCUACAUGGUGUGUGGGUCAAGCAUGUUCUAUGGCGAGUUUACUUUUAGCAGCUGGAACCAAAGGCAUGCGUCAUUCUUUACCAAAUGCUAGAAUCAUGAUACAUCAACCAUCAGGAGGUGUACAAGGACAAGCUACAGAUAUUCAGAUACAAGCUACAGAAAUACUUAAAUUGAAACAACAGAUCAAUGAAUUAUAUGUAAAACAUACCGGACAGAAUUUAGAAGAAAUAGCAAAGAGUAUGGAGAGAGAUAAUUUUAUGAGUCCAACACAAGCUAAAGAGUUUGGAAUUAUAGAUAAAAUAUUGGCCCAUCCUAUGCAAGAAGAAACUGCAGAAAAAGUAAUGGAGAAAACAGAUAAUGUUUCGACAAAACCUUAAUACUACUGAAUAGGAUGGGGUGUCCAGAAAAUCGAGGUCAAUACUUUGAGAGCCAAAAAGGAGGGGAAAAAAGCUAUAUAAACAUAGGUCCAGAAAUAAGUCGUUCGCGAGUUAUAACCAUUUUUAUGUUAAAAAAUUG